CGCGCGCGCAUUUCGAUUCGCGCUCUCUAUCGUUGGCGCGGCAGUAGCGGCUUAUCACAUUUGACUAAAUUAAACGAACGGCCAGUUGUCUCGUAUCACGAAGCCAAGUGUGCUCCGUUUGUCCGGAGAUGCGUCACGUGGAUCCGUUGAUCAUCGGAGUGCUGCUGGUUAUUUCGCUCGCGCGAUCACCGAGUCUCGCGCGGGAAAUAAUCGUCGUUGCCGCGACACUCGAGUAAGUGUGUGAACCGCCAAAUCAAUUAUUUCAUUACCCUUUAUCAAUUGGCGUGAAGUGGUGUGCAGAAGCUCCGUCGUCGCCGAUCUCGAGCGUUUUUAAAAAAUUCUGUUGCAUUUUAUAGACACCUAAAAAGAUUGAACAUUGAUGCGACAAUGGCUGGACACCCUGUAUAUAUAACCAAUAUAGUUGAGACAGCAUAAUAAGUGGCAUAUCUUCUUUGGUUUCUCUGGAUAUUUCAAGAAAUUAAAGGCCUGUCUUGACUUUCUUGCAAGAAGUCAAUAACAUCGCCUAACACAUCGAUUCGAGACAUCGCAUUUCAUUUGCCUGAAUUCGCCGAUUUUCAAGAGAGUAAUUCGUGCUGUCAGAUAUCCACGCAAAGUAACAUCAUCAUUGAGAUGGAGGAAAGAUUCUCUCCCGCAAGGUUCAACAAGGGAUCAGUCGGAAUGGACGUAUCACCAAUGUCGAACAUCACCAAUGAUCUGUCCAGGUCGAUUUUGGAUUCUGGUGGUCCAGAGAAGCGUUAUCUUCAGCAUUCGAAAGGUACUUUUGGCACCUCGCAUCACACGAACGAUCAGAGGAGCGAAGGAUUGAUAGAUGCUCUAACGAAAACGGCAUGUCGUUCCGAUAUGACAAACGCAGACAUAUUGGACUUUUGCAAGAAACAACUAAAUGAACAGCGUAAACACGAGUACGAGUGUGAAAACGAAAAUAAAGAGAACGACGCCACCAUCAGCUUGUACAACCCUACUCCGCAAAAGGCGUGUAAGAAAAUAGUACGCUGUCCUUUGGAGAAGCGCAAGCUCUACAAACACAGUAGCGGCAAUCAUAGCGAAAGCUCUAUCGAUGAUAAAGACGAUAAGCGAUACGGAUUUCGUAUCGCCAGCGAUACCUCAGCAGCGCGACGAAUGCUAUGCAGUCCGCUGCAAUCACCAUCAGUGCUUCCUAAUUCUCGAACUUCUCUGCUGCGUGAUCUAAAGACAUCGGAGCCAAAUUUUCUACGUAGCUUGUCGUCGGGAUACGAAAGCAUGGAUGAGGGAUUCGUGAAUGAGCUCGUCGACAUGGAGACGAUAGACGAUGAGACGCAAUUACCAAGCGAUCUCUCCAAGUUAUUAUCCGGCGACAUAGUUGCGGCUGAGACAUCGAUGGAUUGCGACGUCUCGACGACUCCCGAAUGGUCCCGGGCCAAUCGAUCCUCUAGAAAACCAUCGAUCAAAGAUUGGUCGAUACAGAGGGAAAUAUACAAACGGGAGAUCAAUACGAGAUCGCCACCGUUACCGAAGUCGCCAUCACUAUCGAAGAUUCGCACCUGUUUAUUUCGCUCGCCGAAGGCAACUUGCUCGAAGAGACUAAUGCGAACGUUCAGUUACGAUGAGAAUUCCCCGACACGUUUCUGCGUCGAGACUUCGGAGAUUUCGCCGCAUACCAUUAGGUCAUCCUAUAAGCGACCGCCGGACGAAUUGCCGGAGGACGAGUUGUCGACGCUGAAGAAGACGCGCAGAUCUAGCUUCCACCUCCAUGGGACGCCGAGAUCGGCGUUCGCGAGUCCCACGAUGCGCCCGAAACUCGGCCCGAAGUUGCAAAGAAGUCUGUCCGAGACCGAGACGCAUACGAACAUCAAGUGGGCGGUUCAUCGCAGCGUCACUGACACCGAUCUCAUCGGCGACUUUAGCAAACCAUGCAUACUGCCAAUCACGAUGGGACAUCAUCCGGAUCUCAAGUCCAUAACGUCCGAUACGUUGGCGGCGCUCUUGCGCGGCGAGUUCGCCGAUCGUAUCGGUUCGUACAAGAUCAUCGAUUGCCGAUAUCCGUACGAAUACGAAGGUGGCCACAUCGCGGGAGCGCUAAAUCUUUACGACAAGGGGCUUAUCGCGCAGGUCCUGUUCGAUCCAUUAACGUCCACUGUUCCCAAAAUCCAGACCGAUAUUGAGAAGCGCGACAUCCUUGUAUUCCACUGCGAAUUCUCCUGGGAACGCGGACCGAAUCUCUCGAGGCUCUUGCGUAGAAUGGAUCGCGAGUUUAACGAGGAACGUUAUCCAGCACUAUUUUAUCCGGAGAUCUAUCUAUUGCAAGGGGGUUACGAGAAAUUUUAUGGCGAGCAGAAGGAAUUCUGUUUGCCGCAGGAUUACAAACCGAUGAGGCAUCCUAAUCACGACACAGAGUUCAGAUUCUUUCGCAACAAGAGCAAGAGUUGGCAAGGAGAUGGCAAGCCCAAGGGGCCCAAUCCGACAACACGAACGCACCUUAAACGUUUAGGCUUUUAGAACAUUUCCUUAUCUAAAGUUUAGGCUAAUCUAAAAUUUAUUAUCUUCCACACUCAAAAAAAUAUCAAGUCGAAUCUCAGAGUUAGACGUUGAACGUUCAAAGAUGGUCGGGAUGUGUGAAAUGCGCGCACCAUGCGCGUUGACGAAGUGCAAACAGCGUAAAGAGACUACUCGUCCUCCUGUUAUCUUAUCUUCGGUCGCUCUUUGCGCUAUUAAUAUGACUAAUUCGUGAAGCUCUCUGCGUAGUAUUUUGUACAUAAUGUAAAUGUCAUUCGAGCGUAGAUUCUAAUCGAUCUCGACACUGAGAUACAUAGUAAUUUAGUAUUGGUAUAGACACUGAGAUCGAUUUGAAUUUAUGUAUCUAUAUCGUAUUUCUUUGAUGCCGACAACGAUAGGCUGUGAUGUCAUUUCGUCGCGGCCUGAUAGCGCAUCGCAUCGAGAAUUUUGUACAUAAAAAUUACAAAUUUUAGUCAGAUCAUUAUAAUUCAGGCCAUUCUGUAAUUAAGUAUGAUGGAUAAUCAAACAUUGCAAUAUAUCUUUGCGUAUCGACCGGAAGAUUAGCAGGGUAAUCAAAUGGGCGUAAUGUCGUGAACAUGUUAUAAAUUUUUUUUUUCAAAUGUUUAUAAUAACUUCGGGCGGUCAUUUUAUUGUGUAUAUAUAUAUGUAUAUGACAUACCACCGCGAGACGUCAACGAGGCUUAACUAUAUAUAUAUCGAUCUCUUUCUCUCAGUAUUGCUUUGCCAAUUUCUUUAAAGCAAGCACUCACGAUCGAUGCUGUGAAUAGCAUAAAAUAUUGCCAAUUCAUCGUUGCAAUUCACGAUUAUAAAAUAUCUUAUUAAUAUACAAGGAUUAAUUCUUAAAUGCUUGCGCAUCGGUUUAAUAUGAUUUAAUCGAUUUUUCUUUCACGAGUGAUUUUUUUUGAAAAGAAAGAAAAGAACAAAGGAGCUAGUCUCAGUACGCUUCAACAAGAGGAUUCUUGAAUUUUUGUAGGAAAUUUAAUUUUCUCUUUCUAAAAGAGAAAGAACUGCCCGUUACGCAGGUAUUUGAGGAUUAAUCUACAUCUACAACAUUAUUAGCCAUUUCAAGUUCUAUCGAGUAGAAGUGAUUAUAAAUAUUACUAAAUGUGCAAAUUUUUUGUUGUUACAUAUUGUAAAAAUUAUUUUUACGUUACUACAUUGAUGAAUAUAUAACGCCAUGCAAUAUAAGUACGAUGCAUUUUCUUAUUUUUCCUUGCUUUUUUCAUGCUUCUCUUUCAUUUCUCGUCUACUUGAUUCAUCAAACACAUAGUGCAUCUUUCUUAUAUAUAUUCUCUCAUUCUGAAUAUUUCAUGAUUACAUUAUGCAUAUUAGAAAAUCCAUUUCAAUGCGUAAGUUUAAAAAACUCUGUGAUUAUAUAAAAUUUUUACGAUUAAAAAUUUAUUUACGAUAUCUCAGCCAUAUAUUUGCGUUAGAGAUGUAAAAGAGACCGAUCGGUGCCACUGCGAUCGCAUUUGCGAAUGUUAUUUCUCAAAAACAAAACGAAAGCACAUGUAAUUUAUCUUCGAGAUCGAUUUUUUAAGAUUCUUAAUAAAUAUAAAAUUUCUCGAUUGUCAACGAUAUCCUUUAUCAGAUAUUCAACAAAACAUGAUGAACGAUAAAUGCGUUGUCUCGACGAAGACUGACGCGCUUCAAGAUUCAAAGUUGCAAAACUGCGAAAUUUCCAAAUCUUACUCUGAGAAAUGUGCACAAAACGAAGAAAAUAUACAGAUUGAGAAUGCAGCCGCGAUUUAUACCGAAAUGUCGGAUGAAGAUAACACAUCUGAACGAACGUCGUCAGUCGACCUCGAAAAUCAACUUCCCUUCGCGACAGAAUCAUCCGUUGAUUGUGGAAAGAAAUUCGCGUAUAUAGUUGCAUUCUUAUAUUAUAUUCUCAAAAUAAUAAUCGAGAAAAACAUCUGGAAAAGAUAUCAUGAAAUAAAAGUAUCUUCGAAAUAAAUUCUUGAAUUUUUUGUGGC